AUGCCCGUGAAGAUUUUCAACCAUCGCUGCGUCAACGCUGACUACACAGUCCGACUCGUCGUGGAGAUGGCCAACGGGAGACGAAUCAUUCUCCCUGAGCGUGAGGUUCAGGCGGUCUACCCGCACUUCGUAUACGGCUAUUGGAAGUCCUUUUCAGGUGGUCGUGCGGCCAUCACUGGAUUCAACAUGUAUCACCCCUUCUUCAUUCUCGAUCAUCGCAAGACGAAGGGUCGCGCCGGUACUAUCGAGUAUCUUGUCCAAUGGGUGGGAUACGACGAGGAAGACACCACCUGGGAACAAGCGCAAGAUCUGGCUUUUUGGUCGGCUGAGCUCAAGGAUGACUAUGACGAGGCGUACCAGCUGUAG